UGGGAGUGAGAUUGUGUGACAGGGCUGUGUGGUUAAACAUUAGCGCAUGGGCUUUCAAUAGAGGAUGGACCUGAGUGCGAUGGCUUUAUCUGCAGGAGACUGACACCAGCCUGACAUGAGGGGCUUCACUUUAGCAGGUGUCUUCUGUCUUUGGAUGACUCUGACUAAUGGCGUGAACAUUGAGAUGAUCCCUCCUCGUCCCAUGGUCAAUCACUCCGUUCUUCUAAGCGUUACUCAGCUCAGCGGCUCAGUCUGGAGUUUCUCCUGGUUCAGAGGAGAACGCGCUAGGUCACAGAAUCAAAUCCUGGCUUACAAUACUAGAAAUGACCCAUCAGAGACGGCCGGGCCUCUAUAUGCUCCACGAUUCAGUGCCUUUCCAAAUGCUUCAUUGGGGAUUUCGAAUCUUUAUACUGAAGACCAAGGUAACUACAUCGUACAAGUAGUGACCUCCAAUGGCCAAGAGCGCAGCGCCGUUCAGCUCCUUGCGUACGCAUUAGUUUUUAAACCCGUAAUCAGAACGUCCUCGCUCUAUCCAAUUGCCAAUGAUACAAUUAGCCUGACAUGUGACACGAUGAAUUCUGAGAAGAUCCAUUGGGGGAGAAGCGGGAAGAUGUUUCCUCCUGGAGUGAUCACGUCUUCUAAUAACAGAACCAUCACGUUCCCCACCAUCAAGCCUUUGGAUGCAGGACUGUACUGGUGCGAGGCUGAGAACCUUGUGAGCAGGAGGACCAGCGACGUCUACACGCUGAAUGUCUACUGCAUCUGUGGAUCCUCUUCAGAGCUCAGUGCCGGAGAGUUAUCUGGAAUCAUCAUUGGGACUUUACUGGGAAUUCUUCUGGUUGGUGGAAUUCUUCUUCUUCUUCUUUUCCUUAAAAGGUGCAAGCCUCCUGAGGGAGAGGAGCCGAGAGAAGACGCAACUAAGAAGCAGAGCCCUCCGACCGAAUAUUACAACGUGCAAGCUGUGACGGGGCCGGAUGCUUCCUGCCCGGACUCCGCGUACACGGACUUGCAGUACUCAUCUCAGGAUGUGUACUGUGAUCUACGGAACUGAUACUGACGCCUCGUGUCCUUCUGUCCAGAUCUCCGGUCGGGCCGCCAUCUGGGAUCAGAUCAUUUCAGGGAUCACGACAGCAUCUCCGGGUCGACACAAUGUGACUGAACCUCGUCUUUGUGUUACUCUUCUGUUAUAAAUGGGAAAUUGUAUUAAAAAAGGA